GUUGGAGUCUUCCGCGUCUCAAGCUAGGGAGAUUUACUACUCCGAUCUGCCUCGUCCGUCUGUGACCAACGACCACCUCCCCGCCGCCCUUUACCAAUAUGACGGAGCUUCUUCACAUCUUGUCCCCGACCCUGAGACAGUGCCACACUAUGCCUUCGAGUACGUGGCACGAGAUCCCCUGCACGGCGGCCUGCAUGGGCAUUCGGAAACCCGCCAUGGCCAAGACACGCACGGCCGUUACUUCGUGCUGCUUCCAGACGGUCGCUUGCAGACGGUUCACCUACAUCGCCAACGAGCGCGGCUAUUUCCCCCAGGUCGUGUACACCGGGGACGCGAAGCCCGCCAUUGCCAUCAAUACUCCUCAAGAAAUACAAAAGCCUUUCCAUCAAACCCUAAAGCCUUUCUACGUGAAGGACAAGCUGGUGAUGCCACACGCGGUGCUCUUCAAACCUAAGUCAGCGUAUCUGAUUAAGUACGGCAAGCCAUUCCCUCUCCACUCACAUUCCUCACACGGUGUUUCCUUAAAGCCGAAGUACGUCACGCGAACACCUAUCCAGCCUCUCCUCAAGCCCACUCACUCCCCGGGUCCCACAUCCUUACCUCACACGAGUUACGGCUCAUCUCCUAUUCCUAUCUUUCCCCCUGGACCGCACAAACACCCUCCUGGUCCUGCUCCAUCUAUUUCAGUGGUGUCAGGAUCUCCUCUAUUACCAUUUAGUCAUUCCAGUACCACAGUGUCCCCUAAACCUUCUCAUUAUAUUCGUCCCACUCUGGGUUCUGUAAUCUCCCCCAAACCACAUAUUAUCACGAAAUCACAACACAGACCUUUUUCAAAGCCACCCUCCAUUACCACAACACAUUCUAAAGUCUCUCAUUUCUUCCCUCCUGUUACUCCUACCACUCCUAAACCGUCCUACCAUCCCAGCAUCACUGCUACACUUAAACCUGACUUCUCUCCUCAUCACCCAACUACUAUAACGACUACAUCCCACCCUACACUGCCACCUCUGCUUUCAACUUUUACACCCACCCCGAAUCCUUUCUUUCAUCCUACCCUCUCCUCUAUUAAGCCUGGACUUACUCCUCAUCCUCAUCCACAUCCUCACGUCGUUACAUCUCACUCCUCCACGGUUAUCCCUCAUCCUCAUCCUCCUACUAUCACAACACCUCAGCCAGUCUCGUUCCCUUUUCUCCCUACCAUUACUACAAAAAAACCGGGCUUUAAUCCAUCCCUUCCCGCUCCUGUUAUAACCUCGAUAGACCCGCAUCAUCCGCCUCAUAUCACAACGUCGUCACCACAUCACUCCUCGCAUCCCCCUCAUAUCACCACGUCCCUGCCCAAGUUCUCCUACCGCUAUCCUUUCGUUACUACAAGCGGGCCGAAAGUCACACCCCAUUCCUCUGUCGUCACCUUACCGCCACCACCAUUCUACCCUACAUCACCGCGACCAACGCCAUUUCCUCCCACUGUCAUCACCACAGCAGGACACAAUCCGCACCAUCUCUCUUUCCACCAUGAUCAUCACCACUUUCUAGAUCACGGCAUUCAUUAUCCCAGUGGCUUCCUCGAUGCUCAUGGUUCUAAGACGCCACGACCUUCUGUCACUACCAGUAUCGUCACGCCAGAUCCGCACGACCAUCUGACGAUAUUUGAAUAUACUGAAAGACCACGCCGCCUAGCCACCACCACCUCCGUCACCACCUCCACCAGUAAGGAGCGAAAGCCAACCCUCAAGCCAAAACCUGUAUUCACAUCAACAGAAUCAUCAUCAGAAUCUCUCUUCAGGGAAAAUCUCGAGAAGACGAUUUUCGUGACCUCGCGGCCGAAGUCUGAAGAAAGGCAACACAAAGAUUAUAAAUUACCGAAGUCACGCGAUGUUCUCAAUGGCUCAUUUCUGGCGACCUUGAAACCUGAUAACUUCGAACACACGUCUAAUUCAUUCGUCACCACGCCAGGGACUUACAUUUCCAGCGAAAGUCGAGAGGAUUCACCUGGAACUCCAACCCCUAACCCUCAUACGUCAACCCCAGCAUUCUUCACCACUGUUUCAGACGCUCGGGUCACCACUACUAUCACUCCCAAUGACAUCGAUGACUCCUACGAGACGCCUUUUUCACCUUCCAAACCCAUAUCCAUUGACUUCACGCCGAAGAGACCACCACUGUCGCAUAACAGACCCUCGGUACAGCCUCAGGCAAUCCCACCAUCCUACCACGCAGAUCCUCACAAGUACUCCAUAGGUAUCAGAGUGAAGUCCCGUACUCCACCUGCUUCCCUUUCACAUGGUGUUCUGUACCGCUCUAAUCCAUUGUCCCCAUCUUCAAAUAACAACAAUUCUCCAUAUUACAGCACAGGCUUCCAGUCUUACUUAGAUACAGCACUUGGCUCCCCACAGUCCAGGGAGUCUACAUCCUUUGCCCCAGUCUCUCAUGACGAUCCGAGUGUCAAUUCUUAUCUCCAAUCUUUCCUUCAUCAUCCAGACUUACUAAUCACGCCGUGGUCAGAUGAUCCCCAACAUCUCUCCUCAAUGAAUAAAGAUCCUUACCACGGACGAUUCCUCGACAUUCAUACCAGUUCAGAAUCCUCGAAACAGCAGCAUCACCAAACGCAAUUGCAGUCUUGGAAACCACUCGCUGGUCCUGUAUCCUUUCCCUCUGAAAACUACACUCCAUUCACUUCCUCUUCAGUUAAGCGAGCAGCUCCAUCAAGUUAUCGGCGCUAGAUGACUGCAGUGUUUCGCUAAUGCUUGUGUCUGUGUCGGACGUCUUCACAUACCAGAACUGUCACUCACCCAGACCGCAAGACCCGAGGAAGCCGACCCCACUUAUCGAUUUGACAAAUACAAGGCGAGCAUCUCCUGCUUGUUAUCUGCGCUAUAGGUGAACUCUGUAUAGUUUGUAGUUAGGAUCUGUGGAGGAUGUCGUCAUCCAUCAGACCUGUCACUUGCCUUGACCAUGCAAGACUCGAAGGACAACAUAACACUUCUUAUUUUAUCGCUAGAAGAGGAAAACAACACUAUAAACUACCUGCGAUUCUUAUACUUAUGUAGAGGUGAUAAUGGAGGGAUGGGAAGGGAAGGAGGAAGGGAGUUGUAGUAUAGUUGUAAGGAGUUUUUUUUGGGGGGGGUUGGUAGGUAAAA